AUGGGCUCGGUCGUCGCGGGCACGUACACGGGCGUGAUGCAGUUCACCUUUGCCGCCGCGUGCGCUUCGAUCAUCUUUGCUCCGGUUGGGCUGCCGCUGGCGAUCGGCAUCCAGCACGGACUGGUCGGCUUUGUCGUCACGCAGGCGGUCGUCGCCAGGACGACCAGCGUGCGCGGCGGAGUCGCGCUCGCGGUGCCCUCCUUCGAGGUCCUCCCCUUCCUCGCGCGCUUCGCCGCGCCGGUCGACAACAUCGACCGCCUGCUGCCGCCGCCGCUGCAGGCGGGCCUCUUCGCCGCCAUCGGCUGGUCACUCUACCUGCUCUCCUUUGACGUGCUCGGGCUGGGCGCGGGCGCGGGCGCGCUGCUGACGUUGCAGAGCGCGCGGCUGUGGGUGCCCGCCAACCUCUUCGGCCUCGGCCUCUGGAGGGCCUCGCGCAAGGGCGUCGGUGAGGGCCGAGCGAGCGGUGGCGAAACCCAUCCCGCCGCACCCAUCAACCGCACCUCUUUAGGCGGCCCGCUCCUCAUCCCAAUCUUCAUCCUCGCCGUCAGCGCGCUCGUGCGCGGCCCUAGAGCGAGGAUCCCUGCGCGCGCCGCGGAUGCACUCGCUGGUGACUUCACGCUCCAGGUGCACGGCUUGCGGCUGGCCACAGGCUGUCCGGUGCCGGACGCGCGCGCGGCGGGCUGGCUGAUGGCCGAGGUUGUCGGCGAGCCCGCCUCCGCCCUGUGGCGCUCCCUCUCGCCCUCGCUCGUCCGAUGGGACGUCCUCUUCUCCGCGGCGGCCCUCAAGCAGCUCGUGCCGCUCGUGAACACCGUGCUCAACUAUGUGCUGUACGGGCCGCUCAUCCGGCAGAAGCUCGACCUCAAGACGGCUCCGGCCCCCCCAGUCGACUCGACCCGGCCCUCCGCAUGGAUCGGUGGCCUCGACCGCUUCUCUUGCUACUUUGCGGCGGCGGUGAGCGCGCUCUUCCUCUGCGCCUACCCGCUCUGCGGCCUCGUCGGCUACCUGCCGACCCUCGCCAUCGCCGGCAUCUGCGUGUACGUCGGGUGCGAUUUCCUGUACGACAACCUCGUCGAGGCGACCCGCGCCAACGGCGCGAGGGCGGGGCUGGCCGCGGCGACCGUGCUCGCCGUCUGCGUCUGGAAGGACAUGCUGCACGGGUCGCUGCUGGGCAUCGCGGGCGCCCAGGCGUGCGGGUGGUGGCAGCGCCGGCAGCAGCGCCGGGCGGACAAGGAGUGA